ACAUAGCAAAACCCUCUUUCUCAGGAGGCACCUGUUGGUAAAGCCUCGCCUCUGCACACAGACACCUGUAAGAAGCUAAGCCAAGAAGGGCUGGCCAGAGACUCCAGUCCCCAAAACUCAAGUCCCUCGACCUCAGCAAGGCCACAAUGAACCAAGGAGUCUCUUUUAGGCACUUGCUCCUGGUGCUGCAGCUGGCACAGCUCCCAGCCAUCCUUCAAGGGAAGACUGUGGUGGUGGGCAGAGAAGGGAGCACGGUGGACCUGCCCUGUAAGAGUUCCCAGGAGAGGAGCAUGUUCUUCAUCUGGAAGCUCUCUGACCAGACGAGGAUUCUGGGGAAUCAGAAUAACUUUGUGACUAGAGCUCAGUCUGAGCGGUUCAGCCGUUUUGAUUCGAGAAAAUCCUCAUGGGAUAAAGGAUCGUUUCCUCUCGUCAUCAAUAAACUUAAGAUGGAAGACUCAGGAAUUUACAUCUGUGAGGUGGAGAACAGGAAGAUAGAGGUGGAGCUGUUGAUGUUCAGAGUGACUGUCAGCCCGGGCACCCACCUGCUGCAAGGGCAGAGUCUGACCCUGACCUUGGAAAGCAGCCCUAAGGUCAAUGACCUCUCAAUGGAGUGCACGUGCCCGAGGAAGAGAAAUUUCAAGAGCUCUAAAGCCAUCACUGUGCCCAACCUAAGCAUUCAGGAAGAUGGCACCUGGUCCUGCACGGUAGCUGUGAACAAGCAAAGUGAUACAUUGUCUAUGAAGAUCUCUGUGCUGGGCUUCCAGAAGGCAUCUACCACAGUCUUUCAGAAUGAGGGGGAGUCAGUGGAGUUUUCCUUCCCCCUUAACUCUGGUGAUGAAAACCUGCAGGGGGAGCUGAGGUGGAAGACAGAGAUGGCUCCCUCCCCCAAGCCUUGGAUCACCUUCUCCCUGGAGAACAAGAAGGUGUCCCUGCAAAAGACCACGGGCAACCUCAAGCUCCAGCUGGCGGAAACGCUCCCACUCCACCUCAAGAUACCCCAGGUCUCACUCGAGAGCGCUGGCUCUGGGAACCUGACUCUAACUCUGGCCAAAGGAACACUGCAUCAGGAAGUGAACCUGGUGGUGAUGAAAUUGGCUCAGAAAGACGACGCUUUGAUCUGUGAGGUGAGGGGACCCACCUCCUCCAAGAUGCAACUGAUCCUGAAGAAGGAGAAUCAGGAGGACAGGGUUACCAAGGAAAAGGUGCUCCAAGAGCCGGCCCCUGAGGCAGGGCUGUGGAAGUGUCUCCUGAAUGAAGGGAAUGAGGUCAAGAUGAUCUCCAAUAUCCAGAUUUUAUCCAGAGGGCUGAACCAGAACCAGCCAAUGUUCCUGGCUGUCGUGCUGGGAGGCACCUUCAGUUUUCUGGCCUUCAUCGGGCUCUGCAUCCUCUGCUGUCUCAAAUGCCGGCAUCAACAGCGCCAGGCAGAACGGAUGUCUCAGAUCAAGAGGCUCCUGAGUGAGAAGAAGACCUGCCAGUGUCCUCACCGGAUGCAGAAGACUCAGAAUUUCAUUUGAGGCUGAGGCCCCUUUGCAGCCAACCACCUGCGUCUUGGCUGCUGAGGCCUGUGGACCAGAAGAAUGUAGCAGACCCAUUACUCUGGCCUCCUGCCCUCCUCUUCCAGAACUGGCCACUGCUCCUCUCUCUAUUCCCAAGCCCAAAGUAGAGCUUGCUUUUUAAUUUUCAGACACUUAAACACACUUUGUUUUUCCCAGCGUCCUUUUCACCAAAACCUCAGCUCUUCCCUGACUGCUGUUCAGAACCUCUUUCCAGUUGUUUGGAUCUAAGGGCAGUGCCCAGAACCAAACAUGGGUGGUGGGGCUGGCGUGUGGAAAUAUUCAGCACAGUUCACAAGAGAGGGCCCUGGGACCAGACUGAGUGGGGACUUGUGUCAAUCACCCAGUCUUUCAGGCACAGAUGGAGACCCAAAGGCUGCUGAAAUCAGCCUCAACUCCCCAUACUGCCUGCUUCUCACUUUGUGAGAAGACCAGACUUACAUUCUGGCCAGUGCACCAACACACAGCCAGGCCACAUACCUCUGCACAUAGUCAUACACUUAUCCAUAGUUAAAUAAGCCAGUUUAAUGUCCUUGCUAUUCAACCCUAACAAGAACCUUACGUGUGGGCAAGCAAAAUGGUUCAGCUGUAAAAAGCUCUUGCUGCCAAGCCCGAGGACCUGUGUUCAAUCCCGGAGGGUGGAAGGAGAGAGCUGAACAUUGUCUUCCACUUGUGUGCCAUGGCCCUCAUGUACACACACACACACACACUCACACACACACAAUGCAAUCCUGUGAGCUGUCGGUGAUGACCAAGAUGGCAGAAAUGACCAAUCAUCUCCAACAAAAUGGGACUAAGGCUGCAUGACUGCCCAAGGUUGCAGAGUUAGCUACUGUAGAUGUCAAGAUUAACCCAAGGCUUCUGAUCCCUGGAGCCACUAUCUGUGACACAGGAGUGAAUGCCAGGCAGAUCUUUGGAGCUGGUCACAGGCACCCAGUAUGCACCUUGGGAGCUCGCACACCACGUUCAGGAUGGCGGGUCUCCAGAUCCUGAGGAGGUGGAGGAGCGGUUCUUGUUUGAGUCCCUCUUUGACCACUGCUGUUUGUGGACUCCUUUACUGGAGGACAAAACCCCAGUUCUCUUAGAGCAAGGCCAAAAGAAAUGUGCAGAGACCCGCCACUCAGUGUGUGCGGAGCCUGCCACUGUGUGUGUACAGAGUUCGCCACUCAGUGUGUGCAGGGCCCGGAAAGGGAGCCGUGUUCAGGUGUCCUUUGACAAGAUCCUUGGGGAAGCUGACCACGCCUUUCCCCUUUGCCAGGCAUCCAGGGAGGUCAGGGUUAUAAGAAUUCUCCCUGCCAGUCUUGAUCUGCUUCUCUCAGAUGCUCAGCUUCCUCGGCUUCUUUCACUCUCCUGCCUUAGAGCCUCCCUUUUUCCUCCCGACCCCAUUCCUUUUUCUUCCUCCUUUUUUCUACAUGGCCUCUUCCAGAAAGUGUGCCCCCCCUCCCCAAUUGCUGCCAGGCU